AUCUCCGUACCUAAAUUAUUCAACUCUGAAUCAAAUACGACGGGAACUGGUUCAAGAUCCGUAGCGAUGAGCAGCGUAGAGAAAACCGGGUCGGAUUCGGGAGCAAUCGAGAAUCGAGCGAGCAGGAUGAGAGAGAAGCUUCAAAAAGAGCUCGAACCAGUGGAGUUAGUGAUCGAAGAUGUUUCGUAUCAGCACGCAGGUCACGCCGGAAUGAAAGGUAGAACCGACGGAGAGACUCAUUUCAAUGUGAAGAUCGUCUCUAAAGGAUUCGAAGGAAUGAAUCUGGUGAAGAGACACAGGUUGGUCUACGAUUUGCUCCGGGAAGAGUUGGAUAGUGGAUUACACGCGCUUUCUAUCGUCUCCAAGACGCCGUCUGAGUCUCCUCCAUAAGGCUAAUAAUGCCGGUACUGAAUAAUGUAUCUUCUGUUUGCCCAAAAAAAAAAAGAAUAAUGUAUCUUCUGUGACAUUGAUGAUGCUUAUUGAAGCUUAAAAGCUUAAGUUGUUGUUAAAAAACCCAGCUCUUUUCGAUUCAAAGAUUGAAUUUUUCCCAUCAACGGCUCUGUUUUGGAUUUUAUUGCGGAACCAAAGUUUUCAUUUUUACAUGCGCUUGAGGUUGUGUGUUGGUGUUUCUGGAUUUGUGUGUUCGAAGAAAGACACUUGCUUUUA